GUCUACUGUAUAAAAGGAAUGAAUUUGCUCGUCGCCGAUUUCUGGAGCAGUUCGCGCCUCGCCGAGGUUUCCCGCUGAUUGCUGCGUCGCCUAAUCUGCUUCCUCGGGUUACAGUUGCUGUGGAUAAUGUUGUCUCUUGAAGACUCCGAUGAUGAGGAGGUUGCCCCGCAAUCCGUUGCAAAUUACUAUUUUGUAGAUGACGAUGAGUCACCUAUUUCGUUCUCAGUUUUACCUCUCCAUUUCGAUGACGGGCAGAAGCAGGAUGUUGCGGACAAUGCCGUUUUCUUGCAUGGAACAACUGAUGGUGGCUUUCAGAAAGUCUACAAACGAGUUAUUGGCUGGAAGCUGGUAUUUGAAGAUGUGGAACCCAAGAUUAUGGCCCUUUCCAAAGACAAAAAGUGGAUAAGUCUUGUGAAACCUAGAAACAGUUAUUAUGAGGACACCAUUAGGACAAUAAUGAUCACUGUGCAUUUGCUUCAUUUUCUGAGGAAAAAACCACAAGCUACAAAAAGGAGCCUUCGGAAACAUUUACGCACUGUUUUCAGCACAUUUGAUGUUAGACCUUCUCACAAUGAUGUCAGGGAACAUGUUUUUCUAAUGAAACUAUUUAGUGCGAGGGAUGAAACUUUAGCACAUUCAGAGUUGUUUCAAGGGUUCAUCAUGGACAAGCCGAGGAAAAGGUUUAGUGAGGAUGAUCAAGAUGCUUCUGAUGUGAAGCAAUCGUUUAUUGUUGAUGAUGAUGAGGAUGAAGGCCCAAGAGAGGUGGAUGAAGGUCCAAGAGAUGAUGCUGUGAAUGAAGAACAAGAUGAUAACUCUGAUUUAUGUGAUUCAGUCUGCGCAAUUUGUGACGAUGGUGGUAACAUUUUGUGUUGUGAUGGACCUUGUUUGCGUUCCUUUCAUGCCUACAAGUCAGCUGGAAAAGAUUCAUUGUGUAGAUCUCUCGGCUUCGCAACGGCAGCAGAUGUUGAGUUGAUUCAGAACUUCUUAUGCAACAACUGCAUAUAUAAGCAGCAUCAAUGCUUUUGCUGUGGCAAACUAGGCUCAUCUGACAAGACAAAUGGUGCCGAGGUAUAUGCUUGUGUUUCUGCAACAUGCGGUCACUUUUACCACCCAAAGUGUGUUGCAGAAUGGGUUUUUCCUCAUAGUGAAAGUGAAGCCUCUGAGUUUCGAACAAAAAUAAUAGCUGGGGAGUCCUUUACAUGCCCUGUUCACAAGUGUGUUGUUUGCAAACAAGGAGAAAACAAGGAGGUUAAAGAUUUGCGAUUUGCAAUGUGCAGAAGAUGUCCGAAAUCUUAUCACAGAAAGUGCUUGCCAAGGGAGAUAGCAUUCAAAAACAAUGAAGGUAUCGAACAAAGGGCUUGGGAUGAUCUUCAUCCUAAUCGAAUCUUGAUAUUUUGCCUAAAACACCACAUCAAGGAAGGACUGGGAACUCCAAUUAGAAAUCAUAUUAUAUUUCCUCAAAAUCCAGAGACUGAAAAACGUUUAGAUUUGCCAAAAAGAAAAGUUAAAGCAUCGGCAGAAAAGAAAAGUAUCAUUUCUAGUGAGUUGACAAAAAACCAGGUAACUUUAAAGCCAGUCAAAGUGGCUAGUUCAGAGGGAAAUCGCUCCAAGGAAAAAGUUGCAAGGAUAGUUGUUUCUCAGAAGAAAGAGCAGGAAUCAAUUGCCAGUCCCCGGCAUGAACGGGGCAAAUAUGAGAAAAUUAUUGCAGGCUGUAAGAUUCCUGUAGAAGAGUCAAAGCGCAUAGCACCGGCCCCUUCUUCCAUAGUUGCAAAAAGACCAAGUUCAUUCCCUAGUAUAGAUAAUGAAGCAAAAGCACGGGCUUCAGAGAUAUUCAAACAGGUUUCAGCUUCUUUAAGCUUGGAAGAUAUAAUUAGAAAAUAUCCAAGGCCAUCUACUCAUUCAUAUGGCAGUGGUACAAGACACAAUAUUGAUAAGAGCAUUACACUAGGCAAGGUUGAGGGUUCUGUUGAGCCUAUUCGAACAGUAUUACAAAAGUUGGAGAAAGGAGGUUCUGUGGAGGAUGCUAAAGCUAUAUGUGAACCUGAGAUACUAAGGCAGAUGAUCAAAUGGAGGGAAAGGCUUAGAGUUUAUCUUGCACCUUUUCUCCAUGGAAUGCGCUAUACAUCUUUUGGCCGUCAUUUCACAAAUGUAGACAAGCUUAAACAGAUUGUAGAUAAAAUGCAGUGGUAUGUUCAGGAUGGUGAUACGAUGGUUGAUUUCUGCUGUGGUGCUAAUGAUUUCAGCAUUUUAAUGAAAGAAAAGCUUGAUUCUGCUGGAAAGAAAUGCAAUUUCAAGAACUAUGAUAUCAUACAACCGAAGGCAUGGCAUUUCAUGUUUGAUUCGCCAAAUCUCAAAGAUUUUCAGAGACUUAUUUGAGAAACCUCUGCUUUCAUAAACUAUAGUAGUUAUGGGUCCUAAAUAUAUCUUUGCUUGGCUACGUGUGCUGGGCCAAUUUUACUCUUAAGUGAUUUUGUUCUCUUUUUGUUAAAUGUUGUAUAUCCUGCAUUUUCAUUUUUUAGUUAAAUAACAUUCAUCAAUUUUAAUGUUUGUUUCAUGCAGCAAGUUAUUUGUAAGCUGGGCAAAAGGUAAUGUAGCUUGAGAAAUUGUUUUGGCAUAGGUCUAGUUAGCACUACACACAACUAGACUAGGUUUAAAGUCAGGUUUUAUUGUGCAAUCCCAAGAUGGAGAAAUCCAUGGAAUGCAUCUUACAAAAAUAGAUAGAUUUUCUUAUUUGCCUACCCUUGCAUGUGCACAUGCUGUGUGUUGGUAAUUGCCUUUUGUAGUGCUGAUGGAGAAAUAAUUUUCUUUUUAGGAUAUAACAGGCGUACCAUUCUAAUGUGACAGCUUAUAUGUCACAUUAGAAAUAUAGAAGUCUCUCAGUAGCUUACUAUAAUCUAUCAGAAUAAGAAAGUGAAAUUUAACCUUCAGACUUACUAUGCAUAAUAAUAAAGAAACUAUGUUAGACCCAACCAGCCAACCAGUUGGGUCUGUUAACAUCAGAACUUACUGAAUUGUGAUGAACUAGAAAGAAUGUAUGGUUCAUUGAGAAUCAUUAUUCUGUUCUUCAGAAUUUAUGGUUCAUUGAGCUAUGUUGAUCAAUUUGAACUUCUUUGCACCUAUAAUAUGUUCUGAGGCGGAAAAGAUAAUGAGAAAAUAAGGACAGGGAGGAUGCAGUGAUUGAUAGAAAAUUUUCAUAAUCUAAUUGAUCACAAUUAGGAUUCUUUUACCUUGUGCAAAAUUCCAGCAUACAUUGGUUUCUAGUUUGGAGUAACAUUUAGAAUUGUGCUGCUGCCCAUUCUAAACCUUGGUGACCUCAAAGUUGUUCCGGCAUUUGUUUGAUUUGCUUGCACCGAGUCAUGGAAAAAAGCUCUUUGCUUGGAGAGAGGAGAAUGUUUUUGCAAUUUGACGAAACUAGUUUAGAUUGAAUGCAAUUUAAAAAUGCCCUGUUUGGAUUAAUUUGGUUAGGAAUGGCUACAGAAACACUUUUCAAGUCAAUAUUACAAAAGUAGAUUCUUCUCUUUCAUUUUCUUUAUGUAGUGGAAUCGUUUGCCUACUUGAAUAUCUAUUCGUAUAAAUAUGGAUGUACGACACUGCUAUGUUUAGUUUCUUGUACGACUUACCAAUGAUGUUUGUUUUUCACAGAAUGAUUUCAAUUUUGAAAGAAGAGACUGGAUGACUGUGAAACCACAUGAAUUG